CAUGAAAUUGGAACCUAUUGGUACUCAAGGUAACAUAAGCUCAAUUCAAACCAAACCAGUUUCCAUUCCAGUCCCUGUCAUGCGCAUUCGUUGAAAGGACCCACUUCAAAAUCCUCAGGCGCGGCUCAGAUGUUUCAAGAUGAAAUCCUCGCACCUGAAACCAAGCAUCGUGGUAUAUUCAUCAACRAUGACGACAAUGAAUCAGAUCACAAGGGGAAACCACUGCACACAACAACAGUUAUCAUCCGACAAUACAAUAAAGAUGACAAACACGCAAACUACGAAGCUGAAGACACGUUGCCCAUGGCAGGAAGUGAAGAGUUCGAUGAGUAUGGAAACAGGAAGAUGGCUCCACCAUUGAUCUCUAUGAAUGAAGCUGACAAUUUACUCGGCGUAGAUAAGACUCUACUUGACAAUGCUGCCAUUCAUAAUGUACUUUAUAACCCAUCGAUGGCCAAUUCUUAUCCAGAACAAAAGGAGGGCAACAUGGGCCAGCAAAAUGGUUUAGCUGGAGAAGCAGACGAUUUUUCAAAUGCACUUAAAAAUCAAGACGACCAGCCAAAUUCUCUUCAUAAAACUGCAGCAAAACAAGCAGAGGGCAUUCCGCAACACACGCCCUCACCUAUGACUAGUGGAGACAGAUUUGGAAGUUUGCAUAGACCAAAGGUUCCGAUCAUGGGAAACGGACAUCAGGAAUCAGUCAAGCCUCAAGGACAUGUUGUAUCAAAUUAUGGUGGCAAUCAAAUGGGAAUGGAAAAACACAAAAACUACAUGGAUGAAAUGGGGGAUAUGCCUAUGGGAGAGAAUAUGGGAGAAAUGAAUCAAAUGCAAGGAAUGGGUGGGGGUAUGCAAGAUAUGCCAGGAAUUGCAGAAGGGAUGCAAGGAAUGGCGGGAAUGGGCGGAGGAGUGCAAGGAAUGGCGGGAAUGGGUGGAGGAGUGCAAGGAAUGGGGGGAAUGGGAGGUGGAGUGCAAGGGAUGACGGGAAUGGGAGGUGGAGCGCAAGGAAUGGCGGUAAUGGGUGGAGGGAUGAAAGCAAUGGGAGGAACGGGGAAAGGAUCAGGACCAAUGGGCAUGCAAGUUCUUGGAGGUAGUCAAGAUGAAAUCAACAGCAACAUGAAUAACGCAUUAGCAGGGAUGCAAGACAUGGCGAUGAAGCAAAUACAAAGCAAAUACCCUGGCAUGCCUAUCACCAUGMAAGCUGAUGACGGUGGGGAUGAAAGUGGGGAAGAACCGACUGUUUCUGUGCAGCAAGAAAGUGGUGAUAACCAGGAGGCAGGAAGUGCUUCUUCUGAAGUUUCACCUUCCUCGCAACCAACCAAUAGUGAGGUGUUUGGUAAACACCAAGAAAGUAAAACCAACAGCGAGGAAAAGAGUGAAGGUAAAGGAAAGAAAAUUAGUAAUAAGAAGGCUGAGGAGAAGGAGCAACAAUCUGCCGACACCAAUAUUAAAAAACCAGGGAACAAUAACGUGGUUAAUGAUCAAAAAUCAAAGGGUCAUGAUGGGGUAAAAGAAAGUCAAAAGUCUGAAGAUCACUUAAUGAAUGACGCUACGAACAAAGAAAAGGGAGGAAAUGAUGAACCUGUCAGCAGUCAAAAUGGAGAAAACACCAAAACUGCUACCGGUGGCCAGAAACAAUCAGCGAAAAGUGCUGACCAAAAAGCCAACCAAAAUGAUCAACAGACUGUGUCAAAGGAACAGACAACGGCCAAGUUAGAACCUAAAGAGGUUUGCAAGCAAAGAGCAAGUGGCGUGUAUACUAGCAGCCAUGAUCCCAGUAAGUUCAUCAUCUGUUAUAAUGGUAUAACAGAAGAAAGACAGUGUGCUGGUGGAAUGGUGUUCAACCCAAGAGAGAAGGUUUGUGAGGCGAUAGGAAAGCAGAAUGACAACACACUUCAAGACAAGCCAUCUAAAGAAAAAAUCAAAAAUCAAAAAAUGAAAAAAUCUCAAAAACAACGAAAAGCAUCUGGUAAAAAAUCUUCAUCACGCGAAAAGUAGAAUUAAUAGUCAUGGUAUUGGCUGAGAAAACAAUUGUAAACACCUUGUAAACAGGUGAUAUUAUGUGUGCGUCCUUGGUUUAGACAGACAAUAAAUACAAAUUAAAAUAGAAGAUAUUUGAUGAUUUCAAAAGAUUAAUUAAAACUCGACUUCAGACUAGAUUUUCAAAGACAAUUAGGUUUUUAAAUUAAAAUUGAAGUAAUGCAAGGGCGACGAUGCUGUUAUUAAUGAUAUUAAAGGUCAAUAAAAUACGUUCUACAAUCUA